UUACCGGGUUUGUGCGCGUGGUCCCCGGCGGAGCGCGCGCCGGGGGGAGGGGAAUGUCGGGCCGCGCGCCGCGGCAGGAGGAGGGGGAGAGCGCGAAGCUGCGCCGCAAGGAGGAGCUGAGCCGGGGGAUUAAAGAGCAGAAGGUUGUAGUUGAUGAGCUUUCUAAUUUGAAGAAGAACCGGAAAGUUUAUAGGCAGCAACCCAAUAGCAACAUAUUCUUCCUUGUAGACCGAACAGAAACACUAUCUCAAUGCAAAAAUACAUUAGAUGAAUUAAAGAAGGCACAUCAGGAGAUGGAAAAUUCAGAAAAGGCUAAAAUCAAGAAAUAGUGCAUCUGAAUUCAAAGUCACAAUGUGUGGUAUUUGUUGCGUUCUUACCUUGUGUAGCCAGCAUGCUAUUCAUGAUUUCUUUAACAAAGACAUACUCUGCCGUCUUAGAAGAAGAGGACCAGACAGUAGCCAACAGUUGAUAAAAACUGUGUCAGAUCUCUCUUAUGAGUGUCUGUUUUCUGGCCAUGUACUUCACUUGAGAGGACUGGUGACUCCUCAACCUCUGGAAGAUGCCAAUAACAAUAUUUUUCUUUGGAAUGGGGAAAUUUUCAAUGGUGUGCAUGUAGGAGAUCUAGAGAAUGACACCAAAGUAGUGUUUCAUCAUCUUGCCUUGUGCAGUAGUGAAGCGGACAUUUUGUCACUCUUUUCAUCACUUCGGGGUCCAUGGUCUUUUAUUUAUUAUCAAGCUUCUAGACACAGUUUAUGGUUUGGUAGAGAUUAUUUUGGUCGUCGUAGUUUGCUUUGGCAAUUCAGUAAUGAGGUUGACAGUGCUUUCUGUCUCACAUCUGUAAGUGUUUAUUCUGAAUCAGGUAACCAAUGGCAAGAAGUCCCAGCAUCUGGAAUUUUCAAAAUUGAUCUCAAAGCUUAUGCAACAACUAAAUCUUUGUCUUUAACAUUGUUUCCUUGGAAGUACAGCUGCACAGAGAAAACAGCAGAAGAAAUAUUCCUUAAUGUUCUGGACCAAGUUUCAAAAGACUUACCGAACCACAUACAUCUUGUGAUGAAUGAAUCAAAACUAUGUCUCAGAGCACCAGUUAUCCCCUUAAAUAAAACAAUUUCUGAAGCUUUAGGUGAAUGUCCAGGCACUAAUACUAGCAACAUUAUCCAUGCAGUUUCUGUAGAAACCCUUCAAGGAUUUCUUGCAGAGGAACCCAAGAAAAAAUUAGUCUGUCGGUUUAUUGAUGUUUUAAAUGAAGCGGUGAAGAGACGGGUUUUAUCUCUCUUUAGAGAUGAAGAUCAGAAAACAAGAGAAGUUCCAGGCAUGUCUAAUAGGAAAGCACAUGUUGCGGUGCUCUUCUCUGGUGGCAUUGAUUCUAUGGUUAUUGCAGCCCUUGCUGAUAAACAUGUGCCUUUGGAAGAGCCAAUUGAUCUUCUCAAUGUAGCCUUCAUGAUAAAAGAACAAGCUAAGCAAAAGGGCACUGCUAAAAAACAUACCAACCAGGAAGUAAAGCUUGAUUUGCUUUGUCCUCAAGAAAGUUGUCAAGAUCUUGAUGCUAAAAAUGGUGCUCAUUUAUCUUGCUUUGAUGUUCCUGACAGAAUCACUGGUAGGGCAGGACUGAAAGAAUUAGAAGCCAUUAACCCUUCAAGAACCUGGAACUUUGUGGAAAUUAAUGUUACACUAGAGGAAUUGAAAAAAAUGAGACAACAAUGCAUUAAUCACUUAAUUUAUCCACUGGAUACAGUCUUGGAUGACAGCAUUGGCUGUGCACUUUGGUUUGCUUCCAGAGGGGAGGGUUUUAUUAGUAACCAAGGAGAACUGAAACCAUAUAAAAGUCCUGCAAAGGUUGUGCUUACAGGAAUUGGAGCAGAUGAACAGCUUGCUGGGUAUUCUCGACAUCGUGUUUGCUUCAAAAAAUAUGGCUUAGAAGGCCUGAAUAAAGAACUUGAAGUGGACUUAGAUCGCAUUUCUUCUAGAAAUCUUGGUAGAGAUGACAGGAUUAUUGGUGAUCAUGGGAAAGAAGCCAGGUUUCCUUUUCUUGAUGAAGAUGUUGUUUCAUUCCUCAAUUCUCUGCCCAUCUCAGAAAAAGCUGACUUGACUUUACCUCGAGGAAUUGCCUCUCUAAGUUUUGUAUUUUAGAAACUGGAGAAUAUUCUUGAAGAAUGCUCACCUUUGACAGAUGUUCCCCAGAGCUGAAUAAGCUGAUGAGGCAACCUGCUUGUCAGACUUUGUAGCACAGAAAAAUGCUAGUGCCUUGUUUGUGAAGUCUGACAGAAGUAAGUAGCAAGAAUUAAUUAGUACAGUGUCCUCUAGUUGGUUGGCUUCAAAAGAUGACAUAAAGUGCUCAGUAGAGCUUCCCAGUGAGAGGCUGCUGGGCCAGCUAAAAAACCCCACGUACCCAGACAGCAACUUUGCUAGCACUGAUGCAUUCAGAUAUGCCCUUGUAUUAUUAAGAAGUCCAUCAGAUUUUGGAAUUUGCUG